AUGGCCCAUAACCUGCCAUUCGAGCAGCUACGUAAACCAGAGCUUCUUCAGACGGAAGCUUAUGUUCAUGGUUCCUGGACAAAAGCAACCUCGGGAAAGACGUUCGACAUUGAAGAUCCAGGAACUGGCAAGGUGUUUGCGUCUAGUCCAGACUUUGACCGUUCGGACAUUGAUGCUGUUGUAAAAUCGGCGCAUGAAGCUUUUCAAACAUUUCGCAUCGAAAAUCCCCGAUCGAGGGCUAAGAAGCUACUGGAAUGGGAUCGGCUUAUCCGCGAAAACCGAGAUGAUCUAGCGACAGUAUUAACCCACGAAUCAGGGAAACCCCUGGCUGAGGCUCAAGGAGAACUCGACUACGCGCUUGGCUUCACAUGGUGGUUCGCAGGAGAGGCUGAGCGUAUCCGCGGAAACGUAUCAACACCCUCGGCUCCCAACCGACGGGUGCUAGUGUUAAAGCAGCCUAUCGGUGUGACUGUAGCUCUGGUUCCAUGGAACUUCCCUAUUGCGAUGAUUCUACGCAAAGCCGGAGCUGCCUUCGCGGCCGGCUGCACCAUGAUCGCGAAACCAUCCCCGGAGACCCCGCUCACAUGCCUUAUGCUCGCGAACCUGGCCACCAAAGCUGGCUUCGGUCCCGGCGUCUUCAACGUUGUUACAACGUCGUUGAAAAACACCCCCGAAGUAGCCGAAGCACUCUGCAAGCACCCUCUUACUAAGAAGGUUUCGUUCACAGGAUCUACCGCGAUCGGAAGCCUGAUAGCCAAGCACUGCGCCGAGGGCCUCAAGAAGGUGACGCUCGAGCUUGGGGGAAACUGUCCCUUCAUCAUCUUUGACGACUGCAAUCAGGAUCAAGCACUAGAGGCGCUGCUCGCGCUCAAAUGGCGGCAUGCAGGACAGGCUUGCAUUACGGCUAACCGGGUUUACGUGCAAGACAAGAUAUACGAAGCGUUUUUGGAGAAGUUGGUGGAGCGCACCAAGUCCAUCAAAAUGGGACACGGAGCCAAGGACGGCACGACCAUGGGACCCCUGACAACGCCUCGGGCAAUUCCAAAGGCGCAAGCCCACAUCAAAGACGCCGUCGGCGCUGGCGCCAAAGUGGUUCAUGGGGGCCGGGCGGGAACUGAGGUAGGGCUGGAAGCUGGCUAUUUCCACGAGCCCACAAUUCUGCGUGACAUGAAGCAAUCCAUGUUGAUCAGCCGAGAAGAGACAUUUGCCCCCGUUCUUGGAGUAUAUCGCUUCGCGACUGAAGACGAAGUGGUAAAGUGGGCGAACGAUACUAGCAUGGGCCUUGCCAGCUACUUCUUCACAAAAGACAUGGACCGUACCUGGCGAUUGAUGGAGAACCUUGACGCGGGAAUGAUCGGGAUGAACACGGGUAAUUCAUCAGCUGCUGAAUCUCCCUUUGGUGGCAUGAAGCUAUCUGGGUAUGGCAAAGAGUCAGGCAAAGACGUGGCAGUUGAGGAGUACUUGGUUUCCAAGACUGUCACAAUGACUCUGGAGGGCCAUCAUUGA